CAUUUCAUGUGAAAGCAGCGCGACAGGGACGACAGCCUGUGCCAAACAAUUUAAAAAAUCUGUCAGAAUUUGAAUCAAAUACACCAAUUGAAUAUUUACAAACUAACAUUAACCGUUUACCUAACGGUGGGGCCUAUAGGGUUUCGACUUAACUUGCCGGCUGUGUUGCUUGGAGACGAAGAAAAUGAGCUACGGAAGGGCGCCGCCAGACGUUGAGGGGAUGACCUCCCUGAAAGUGGACAACCUGACUUACCGAACUUCGCCGGAGACUCUGCGCAGAGUUUUUGAGAAGUACGGACGUGUAGGAGAUGUGUAUAUCCCCCGGGACAGGUACACUAAAGAGAGCCGCGGGUUUGCCUUCGUGCGGUUCCUCGACAAGCGCGACGCCGAGGACGCAAUGGACGCUAUGGACGGCGCACUGCUUGACGGGCGGGAGCUUCGGGUGCAGAUGGCCCGCUACGGGCGACCUCCGGACUCCAUGUACAGCCGGAGAGGUGCUCCGCCGCGCAGAUACGGAGGAGGGUACGGCGGACGCAGGAGCCGUUCAGCCAGCCCUCGCCGCCGCAGACGUAGCCACUCCAGGAGCAGAAGCCGUUCCCGAUCCAGGAGCCGCCACCACUACAGCCGCUCCAGGUCUCACUCUGACUCCAGGUCAAGAUCAAGGUCCAAGUCUAAAUCUAAGUCCAGGACCCCGAGAAGGAGCAAGACAAAAUCUCCCUCCAAGUCUCGUUCCUCCAAGUCAAGGAGUCGAACCCCGCCUUCCAACAGAGGGUCCAAAUCCAGGUCCCGGUCCAAAUCCAAGAGUAGGCCAAAAUCUCCAGAGGACAACGGAGCAGAGACUUAAUCCAGACUUGGACACAACAUGACGGUAUUCAGGGGGAAGGGGGGAUUAUAUUUUGUGCUUCAAAUAUUUUAUCUGAGAUGGCUAUCUGUCAUCCCUUGGGUUAGUAUUCUGCAGCCUUGGUGCUACAUUACAGUCAUUUGCACAAAAGCAACAAAGUCUGCAGAAUCCUGAAUGUUUUUUUUUAGAAAUUUAAAAUAAGAUUGGGACUGAUGUAAUGUACAGUCCUAGUUCUGUGUGUGCUUUACUUUGCUUAGCCAAUCUAUGCACACACAGACAACAGGAGAUUUGGGUUGAUUAGACCCACUGUAUCAUAUUUCAAAAUGGGGUGUAUGGGAGGGACGUGGGGUGCUGCACUCAAAAACGUUCACCUAAAUGUGGAAUUCUUUCCUCCAAGCUGCGGAGUCCUGUUUGCAAAGAGAGGAGGAGAUGGGGGUGUGGCAGUGUGAGAGCAGUUAGUGUGUGACCUGCCUGUUUGCUGAAAGCGAUGGCAGUUGCUAAGGAGCAGGUCACCGAGGCAACGGUGGUUGCUAUGGAGCAGGUCGUCAUGGCGGUGGUUCGGGCUGUCAGUUGGUGUAUGAGGUGGUGUGGUGAGGUACGUUCGCGGGGAUCACAGGCAGAUGCACUGAGCAGUCAGUUCCCACCUGUUCCUGUGGGUUCCUCCGCCUCACAAAGGGAACGGACCCCGAGGUUUGUUUUUCAAAUUCGCCCAAGUGUAAGACUCUUGUAAGAGCAAUUUUUUUGGGGGGAGAGGGGGGCCAGGAAUGGUGUGUAAACAAAUGUGAAAAUUACUAGAAAUGUUAGGUAUAAUACAUGAAAAUGCCCAGUGGAAAAAAUGCAAUAUGAUAAAUGUUAGUGUCAGGGGAAAGGAUAUCAGACCAGCACUGUAUUUAAAUAUCCAGGUCAGCUGCAGGAGUUGGAAAGACUUUUUGUUUUGCACCUUUUUAACUGUGUUCUGUCUUUCCUUCCAGAUCUCAGAUGAUUGAGCCUUUGCUGAGGACAUCAGGAAGAGUCUCACAUUGAGCAAGUGGACUCUACUAUUACCACUGAAAGCAGACUGAAAGGUUAUUGGAGCUUGGUCUAAAAUGUGUUUUUUAAUUUGACUUAAUUAACAUAAACAAAUUCUGUAACUUAGAUGUGAUCAUUGCUUGUAAAGUUGAGCAUUUUGAAAGGGAUUUGUAAUGUGUUUUACUCUCUCGCGCUCAUUUAAAUUGGGUAUUUUUGCAUUUUGAUUACACUUGUUUUUGAAAUAAUGUAGAUUUCCUUUAAUUAAAACCCUUGUUUAAUACUCUUUCCAAAUGGAUAUGAAAGUUUUAUUUGUAGGGUAUCAUGUUGGAUGUUCAGAGCUUUUACAUCUGUUAUUCCACUUUUUUUCUCUUGUUCUUUUUUUGGAAAAAAUAAAUUAUUUCUGUACUGUGACAUAAAGGCAAAACAUUAAAGUAUUGCUGUGCCACUUAAUUUGUAAUUUGCUAAUCCAGCAGCAUACAUUUUUUGUUUUCUGUCAAAUCUAUUUUCUGUCUGGUUAAAGUUGCUUUCCUAUGACUCUAACCCUCUUUCUUGUGUAUCUUUUGUGCACUAGGCGCAGUUGUGUAGCAGUUGAGUAAUGCUGGUUAGCUGUUAAGAUGCGGUGCAGUGCGGUGGUGACAUGGUGUGGCGUGUUGCGGUGCUGAGUGCCCGGCGCUGUUCCGGGGCUCGACCCUCCGCUGCUGUUUGCCGGUUUGUAAACUCACAGGUGUGGCAGAUCAUCCAUCCUCUCCUGUCUUGUGACCUCUCCUUCCCCCCCAUGUGCUAUACAGAUUCUCUCCUUCUUCUUUUUCUCUUCUCUCCCCCCCCCCCCCCCCCCCUCCCCUCUGUGGUUUAUCCACUGUUAAUAACUGGUUUUGCUCGCUUUUUUUUAAAUUGGGUCCAGUUUGACUCCUAGUGAAGGGUUUAAUGGGCAGUCCAGGCUGCUUAAUUAAUGAUUUGUGUAUUUCAUUACUCUGUAAACCUCUCAAAUGUCUUGUAUUUGCAUCAGGUGAAUGCUAAUAAACAUCUCUGUCGUUCCAAGUCAA